CCUGUUGCUGAGAGGAAGUUUCUCAGUACAUGCUGCUGUGCACGGACACUACAGCCCGGGGUGGAGGAGCAGUGAUGCCAGUGAGGCUGGGGGCGCGGGGCUAGAGCUCACCCACGGGACAUGGCGGCUCUCUGCCCCCUUCGCGCACAGUGAUACACAUGCCCCACACGGAGAUGCCGAGCCUGCGCCCGCUGGUCGCGCUGCCCGCCGAGGAGAACAUUGCUGCGUGUGAGCCGAGCACUUAGCGCCUCCGGACUGGACCGCCACUAUGAACGACCAUGACUGGGAGGAGGAAGGAGCCGCCACAAGUGCCCUGGCAGCACCGGAGGGCACCGCCGGCCCCUGCCCACCGCAGGCAGGGGCCCCCGGAGAGUUACUGAAGGGGCUGAGCGCCCUGCAGCUGGCGGAGCCCCGGUAUAACGACGGGAGGCGGAGGCCCCCUCUGGUGCGCACUCAUGUGGACACCAGGUACCCGGAGCCCCUGGCCACAGAGCUGUCUCCCCGCAGGAGGGCACGCUCCCUGCCCUGGAACUCCAUCCCGGAGGUAGAUGUGGAGGACGAGGGGGACGCCCUCAUGUGCUGCUGUAAGCUGAAGAAGAAGGUGCAGUUUGCGGACUCCCUCGGCUUAUGCCUGGCCAGUAUCAAGCACUUUCUGCCCUCUGAGGAGCCCCUGGUGCCCCAGGCUGUACUGGCCAGGCUGCAGAGUUACCCCCCAACCGUGCCAAAGCCAGAGCUUCAUCUGCUGGAGGGCAUGUGCUUUUCUGAGUGCCCCAUCCCUGAGGACCUGCUGGCAAGGCUGGAGGAGCAGAGGGUCUGUCUGGAGCAGGUGUCCGCCUCCACUUUGGGGGUAAAUGGGUACAUCUUGGUGAAGGACCCAGGAGACAAUGCCCAGGUGAAAGUCCGCUACACCUUUAAUAAGUGGUUGUCUUUCCUGGACUGCCCAGCAACUGCUGCCCAGCAAUGUACUGGCCCUGGCGCCCAGCGCUUCCACUUUAACCUGUGUUACCCACCCUUUGCCUCUCUCAUUCACUUUGCUGUAUGCUUUACUACAGGCAACGGGCAAGAGAUCUGGGACAACAACCAGGGGGUGAACUACUCAGUCAGCUGCCAGCAGAACCAGCCCCCCGAUGUCCAGCCCGCAAGCCCCGAGCCGGAGGAGUUCGAGGGCCUCCGGCUCUGGUAGCACCCAGCUGAAGGGCACCUUUUACACGUAUUGGCUGGCAGACGCUUUGUUUCCCUCAAUGCAGCACCAUAUGACCGAGAACUGCCCCCCGCUUCCUGGCAAUGUGUGCGGAGCGGUUGUGAAAUGGAGCACACAGUACGGUUUUCUAGCAGCAGCACAAGGUUAUAAGGGAGACGGAGGAUUUUCUCACCUGAUGGCGGCCUGUGACAAUGACACAUUAUCUGCCGGGGACAGUAGGGACAUUGUUUCCUUGUGUAACAUCUCUGCUUAGGACGGGGUUAAUUCUACCCUCUCUGACAGUGACUUCCAAAACGUGAUGAAAUUGCGCACAUAAUAUUCUGUAGAUCUGCUAAUCGACAAUCAUGUCAUGCAAUGGGCAGUCACUAAUCAAUAAGGCCACUUGGCAUAUCAAAGGGAAGUUAACCCAUUUAUUUCCUCUCUAGCGACAAUCCUGCUUCUCAGAACGAGGAAAAUGAAUCUCUGGCCACGAGAGAGUUAGAAAGGCAUCUGUCAGCAGUUUCGUACCUAUGAAGCUGGCUGACCAGUUGGCAGCUGAAGGCAUCUGUGUUACAGAGAAAAAUGAUAUUUUAAUAUAUGCAAAUGAGCCUCUAAGAGCAACGGGUUGUUGCCAUUACUCCUAGAGACUCUGCUCUCUCUGCGACUUCUGCGUCCUCUCCGCUUUGACAGGGCCCGGUGUCAUCACAUUUACACUGCCUGGACCUGUCCAUAAAAGUGCAGGGGGCACAGCAGUUGCAGAGAAAGCAGAGCUUCUAGGUGUAAAGGAUAACCCCCUCUAGUGGCUCAUUUGCAUAUAUUAGGCUACUUUCGCAUAUGCGUUUUGCUUUCCGGUUUGAGACCCGGCAGAGGAUCUCAAAACCAGAGCAAAUCGCUUCAGUUCAAUUUAAUACAUUCAGAUGCGGUUGUAUUAAAUCGAAACUGAGCAAACUGGAUCAAUGGGUCCUGGAUCCGUUUUUAUAUCCGAAAAAAAAAAACGUAUCCGGCACCAUUGACUUACAUUAUCGUUGGUGCCAGAUCCAGUUUGUUCAGUUUCGCAGACCAGACACAAAACCGCAGCUGAUGCGUCCUGCUCUGGUUUGUUCUAUUUUGUCCCCAUUGAUAACGAUCGGCGACAAAAUGAAAGCCUUUUGCCCCAAGUUUUGAGAUCCUCUACCCGAUAUCAAAAGCGGAAUGUGAGGCCUUAAAGCAUAAUAUUUUUCAGCAAUGCGGGCACAUAUCAACAUGGGACCUACAGAGAUACCGUCAGCUGCCAAGCGCACAUUUAACAGGCACAAAACUGCUGACAGAUGCCCUUUAAAACUUUAUUCUGCAGUGUGGGAAGGACAGCCAAUAUCGCCACCGGUACUGCCCCUACAGGGGGAUCGCCCAGCUUUCCUAGACUCCGGAAAAGGGGCAGAACUAUGGGGCGAUAACUGUAUGGGCAGAAUUGCCUUUCUGGGCUAGGAAAAGCUGGCUGACAUGGGAAGGGUCCUGGCGGCCAUAUUUGCUGUCCCCUGGAAGGGACGUAUGGAGGAUCAAGCACUUUGCUCUUUAACCAUGGCUUCCAAUGAGAUAUAAAAUAACAGCUCCUCACAACCUGCAAAAGUUGUAGGCUGUUAUGGCACGCUGGGACUUGUAGUGUCCCAGAGGUUGCGGAGCAGGGAUAAACGUAUAUUUCGACUGUAGAGGAGAGGCUUGCACAGUGGAGUCAUUGUAUGCACUUUACAGGGUUUCUAUGCACUUUUUACAUGAUUAAAGUCCUGCUUCUCCUG